GCGGGGCAUGUUGGAAUACAGGUGGGUAAAGAAGCAGUAAACGUGUAAGAGGAACACUGACAAUAACGAGGUGUGGAAUUUAAAUCUGAAGCUCAACACCAACAAACACACUGUGUGUCUAUAUUGUGCAUUAUGAAGACUAAAGUACAGUCACGUGAUCUGGGAUAAACGCCCAAAAGUCUUGGUACCCCAGAUCCUGUAAACACCCGAGUAUUGGGUACACACACUGAACACUGUAUUGGGUUCACACACACACUGAACACUGUAUUGGGUUCACACACACACUGAACACUGUAUUGGGUUCACACACACACUGAACACUGUAUUGGGUUCACACACACACUGAACACUGUAUUGGGUUCACACACACACUGAACACUGUAUUGGGUUCACACACACACUGAACACUGUAUUGGGUUCACACACACACUGAACACUGUAUUGGGUUCACACACACACUGAACACUGUAUUGGGUUCACACACACACUGAACACUGUAUUGGGUUCACACACACACACUGAACACUGUAUUGGGUUCACACACACACUGAACACUGUAUUGGGUUCACACACACACUGAACACUGUAUUGGGUUCACACACACACACUGAACACUGUAUUGGGUUCACACACACACACUGAACACUGUAUUGGGUUCACACACACACUGAACACUGUAUUGGGUUCACACACACACUGAACACUGUAUUGGGUUCACACACACACACACACACAUACAUACUUACUGAACACUGUAUUUUGUUCACACACACAUUAAACACCAUAUUCAGUUCACACACACACCGAACACCGUAGUGCGCUCCCGCUAACCCACAAUGCACUGCAACAGUGUAACUUGUCAUCGCUCUUUGGUUGUUUAAUUGCUCACGUGACCAUAAGAAACCCCACAUAAGUCCGGGGUCCCAUCUGCUGUUUGUCGCUCCCUUCACCAUGGGCACCACACUGAGUGAGCCCUGCAUCUACGACAAGCUCUCGGAGAGCAUCGACAUCCUGCGGCAGUCCGGUUACCGGUACGGCAUGUCUGAGAGAGAGAUCGAGAAGUUCAUAAAACAGGUCCUGGAGACCAACGAGCCGCGCAGAGAACCGGCCCAAUUCCCCGUCCUGAGGGCCUCCGUCAAGGUCAUCACGGUCGUGUGUGUUCUGCUGCUGAUGGUUUUGAUGUUUGCGUACACUCAGAGUUUACCUGCGUCCGGCUCGGUCGGCGCAGCAGAACAGUACAACUGGUCGUCGCCUCUGAGUCACAUCCGACUGCUGUCGCUGCCCAUCGCCAAGAAGUACAACCUGCACAGUUUCCAUGCAUGGUGGAGCGUGAGUCACACACUGCUCAACUGCUCUGGAUGUUCCACUGUUUCUGCGGUGCUCGAAGUGUCCACGUUAAUAAACAAUGAGUCUGUUCACAAACACACACAACCUGUGUUAGUGAAGGGUGGAGAGUCUCUGUGUUUGCGGAGGCAGCAGCUGGAGGCGCUUCACUCAUCACACUCUGGCUGUCUGUCUGUCCUGAUGGAGGAGAAGGAGGAACUGAUGUCAGAGGUUUUCCCUCAGGGACCAGCCAACUUCAGCCUUCUCUGGAGGGUCGACCCUGAGUCGAGGGAUAACGUGUUUCACUCACUCUUUCCUAGUGCACUACUGUGCCCCCUUAUGCAGAGUGUAGGAAGGACAGUGCAGCGCUGUCGAGUCACACACAGCACCAGCUCUCAGAGCAGAGGAGAGUGUGUGUUAGGUUGGUUAUUGGUUGGUGAAGGCUUUCCCACGGUGCGUGUUUUACCGCAUCAGCACUGCCAAACACACUGCAGCUCCUUUAACUUGUGGCUUGAACCGGGGGAUCUGGUGUAUGCAGACCCAUAUUUCUGGCAGCUGGAGCUGUUCCCUGGUCGAGGAGAGAACGUGGUUUGUGACGGCUCGGGUGUGUCAGACUCCAGCACGCUGCCUUCAGCACUUCACUGUGUUUAGUUUAUAUUUUCCUCAUCAGGAGGACAUCAGUCAGAGAAACCUGAGAGCUCCACUGCUGCAGUGUUGGACAUGUCCCACCCUCUGGCUACACAUUUCCUGUAAAAUAAACAUACAAGAUGUCCUUUAUACUGAUUUCUACAGAUGAUGUGACGUAUUGAUGGUUGGCUGUACAAUAUUUAAGAGACUGAACAGUUUAACACACACCACAACAUUAAUGGCCUUGUGCUCUGUGCUGCAGGGUAACAUUUCUGUGUGUAACACGUCAUGUGAUCAAAUGUUUCAGAUGUGGAUCAGAAGAAAGCUGUGAGGACUAAUUCCACUGUACACGUGAAGAUUUGGGAAGUUUGAUUAUUUUGGAAUGAAAAAUCAAGUUGUUUCAUGUAAACAAAUGGAACUUUGUCACAAGCCUGACUCUGAUCUGUUAACUUCAAGUUGUUGUUUUCUUCAUUUAUAAAGAACUUGUACAUUUAUUUUAAUUUUGAUUAUUAAAUGUAUUGUGUCUCUGAAUAA